UCUGCUUGUUUCAAGUAGCGGCGGCCUCGGGAGCCAACAUUUAAACUCAUUGCUAUACGUCGAGCUGUUGCGCCCGCCUCGCCCGCCGAUAGCGCGAACUGCCACGAGAAUGAACCACCGAUACUGACUGGAGACUGCUCGCAUACACGCCCAACCCGAACCAGUCUUGCAGAGCACCUGUAAUCAUGGCGCAACGCUCCCACACCGAGGGCUGCCGGCCUGGCGACACCCUCGUCGUAGUGCACGAGUUUCUAGCCCGGAGUCCCGACGAGCUGAGUCUAAGGAGAGGAGACCGCAUCGAGCUUAUUGAGCGCGACGACGACUUUGGCGAUGGCUGGUUCCUAGGCAAGAACACCGAGACGGGAGAGAAUGGCCUGUUUCCCGAAGUCUACACACGGCCAGCACCAAAACCAACACCUAUUCCGACCAUGCUCUCGCGCAAUCCCUCACAGCUGUCUGUGCGGUCAGAGAAACCUUCAGUCACGCCCGGAAUGGCCAUCUCUGAGCCGCCGACCGCACAGCCACCGGCUACCACGAGCGCCUCUCCACCUUUAAAAUCAGCACCCACAGAGCCCCUGAACAUCGCGUCGGGGCCAGAGAUUGCGCGAAGGACAUCAAUACAGAAUGGCCAGAGGAGCAUCAGCAUGGCGCUGAGUGGGGAAGCGCCGACCGAAGACGAGACGAUAGGGAGCCCCGUCAUGCACGAGACUCUGAGCGUCAUCGACGAGCACAUUACGGGCAUGAGCACGCCGAGGCACAGCGCCGUGGGGAAAGAGCUAAGGUCCAAUGACUCGGGAAGCGAAUACAGCAGCCACCACCGACUGUCAUACAUCAACGGGCAGGAAACGGACGAGGAGGAGCAGAACUGGCACACAGAGGAGGAGGUCAAGACAUGGUCGCCUGCACGCGUCGCCGAGUACCUCGAAGAUGUGGGCGUGGAGAAGAAGCACUGCGAUGUGUUCCGAGAUCAAGACAUUGACGGCGAGGCGCUGCUGGGCGUAGAUCGCAACUUCAUCUUCAUGCAGGAGUUUGACCUGGGCCCUAUGGGACCACGACUGCGCACCUGGAUGAAGAUCAACGCGUUGCAGUCGGAAGUCAAGAACGCGAAGGAAGCGGAAGCUGCGAGGAGUACGCUGCUCUUGCCACCUGUCGAGAGUCCCGACGAGUUCCCAGCGGACAUGGGAAGGAGCAGGGCUGCGUCCACUGGGGCCGUCCUUCCUCGAAUACCAACACUGAGGGAAAGCAUUGGAUCUCGCGGCAACACCAGCCGCCAGCAUAUUCCGCGUGCAGCCUCGUCUGCAGGCCGCUCGUCAACUAUCGACGCGACAUCUCCACUCAUCCAGCACACACCCGCCUCACCUACGCUCGGUUCGCCCGUUCGACCCUCCGCUGCUUCCGUCCGGAGCAUGAAUCACAGCAGGCGGCACUCUUCCAUUGACUACAAUCAGGGGCCGCCCACGCCUACUACAUCCGGUUUAAUGAAGUCCUCCACAUCUGGAGCUAUGCACGCGCACAAGAAGACACCUUCUUUCGAUCGCAAUUGGACUAUGGGUUCAACGGCCAAGUCGGCACAAGCACAAGAUCUCAUGCGGCCAGUCUCAUCCCAUCACAUGCAUGCUUCUAGCACCAGUGGAACUGCGUUUGACUUUCGCGAGGCUGGUCUGAACUCUGGAGAUCUUGACCGCGGCUACUUCUCCGGUGGUGAGGUCGACAAUCGCAAAAACAGGAACGUUCUACGCAAGAGGGAAAGCACGGGCGGCCAUUCGCGUACCGCAAGUCACAACACCGAGGCUGGCCAGCGUGCUUCUUUCAGUCGCCGACACAGCAGAAUCGGCAGCGCAGAUUCAGCUCUCAGGCCAGCAAGUCCCAUGUCGGCUGCCGCGCAAAAGUACUACGGCACCAGCAUCAAAAGUGAGCGCAGCUCCAGUGCAUUCGACUUUGUACGGCCUCUUAAGCCAGCAAGCGACAUGCAUCCCACAGUGACCAAGCUCGCGUACGAUUCGCACAGCAUCGACGCUAUUGCGAAUUCACCCAAUAUCGCAGGCAGCGAGACUUCAAGUACAGGUCGCGCUUCGCCUUCGCCCGCUGCUGCGCCUUCACAUACACGCUCAUUCUUCAGCAGCAAGAAGUCUUCACAACCCAGGGGUCUCCGAGCGAUAUCAGAUGCCAUCACUGGUGGUGAGAAGGCAAAUUUGAGCUCCGCCGAUGUGACAGCCUCGCAACACAAGGAUUCGCCCAUGCAGUCGCCUUCACGGACAGGUUCUAGCACACCUUCUGGUACCUCAUUGUCGAAGAGUUUCGAACUGGAGAAAGCAGAUGCUAACAGGCGUUUCACCGCCGGCUCCACUACUUCCAAGGAAGGAAAGAAGAAGGCUAAAAAGCAUGGCACCAGCGCAUAUCUCAAGGGCCGUCAGCAAAUCACCCCGCAACAGGCCAUGGAGAAUUGCGACUACAGCGGUUGGAUGAAGAAGAAGUCUUCCAGUCUCAUGACGACGUGGAAAACGCGUCUGUUCGUGUUACGUGGUCGCCGUCUUGCGUACUACUACACUGAAAAUGACACAGAAGAGAAGGGUCUCAUCGACAUAUCAUCACAUCGUGUGCUACCAGCGAACAAUGAGAGAAUGACUGGUCUACACGCUUCUCUCACAGGCGCCGCCUCAUCACCUACGUCUCCGCAUAAUGCCACAAUACAGACAACAGCUUCUGCAGAUAGCGCCAAAGGUAUUCCAGGGCUAGAGGAAGACGUUUCGGGCAUGUUCAUCUUCAAGCUCGUACCUCCUCGAGCAGGACUUCAGAAGGGCGUCCAAUUCACCAAACCUAUCGUGCACUACUUUGCCGUAGACAGCCUCGCUGUCGGACGACUCUGGAUGGCUGCAUUGAUGAAAGCCACCAUCGACCGCGACGAGGCGCUCCCCUUUACGACCACAUACCAGCAAAAGACCAUUUCCCUCGAGAAGGCGCGCGCCAUGCGUCAACGUCCGCCAAACCUCAUGGACGAAGACGGAACGGAGGAUGCCGAGAGGAAGAGCGAGAUCUCGAAAGAGAGCAUACAAGAGAGCACUAUCCACGAAGAAGACGAAAAAGGCCUCGCAAUCUCGGGACUCGAUGAUGCCAAAGCUCUGCUCGCAUAUGCCGAUAGUGCGGAUCCUCACCCGGAUCACAGGCCCGACAGUACCGCUACGGCAAUUGCAAUGUGACCGCCCUCAACGCAUUGCAUGUCCAUUCUUCUCUUCCGACACCAAUUCACCAUCUUCUAAAUUCAGUACAUGCAUUAAUACUUUCCCACUAGCCAUUUGUUACCUAGGACAUGGAAGCAAUUACUAGUGGGAUUCUGGA